CUGGUUUUAACAUUAUAUUCCCGCUGUGUUGUAUAAAAUGUCUAGGCCUAGUUUUCAUCAUAUUUGAACCUCCACAUUGCUGUGUUCUGUUUGGAGCGGCAGGUAGACUAGUGGUUAGAGCGUUGGGUCAGUAACCGAAUCACGGAGCUGACCAGAUAAACAUAUGUCGUUCUGUUCCUGAACAAGGCAGGUGACCCACUGUUGAUGGAGUCCCCAGGUCAACCGCCUCUCCGUACUUUACUGCUGGUUCUGGUCGACUGCAGGAAAACACCGGGGCAGAGUGGAACUGAGAGAGGAGAAGAGGAACAUGGAGAUGUGAUUUCAUUAAGGGACAUCCCUAAUCGUUGCUCUCUUAGAGGGAGGGGCUUAUCAUCUGGGGAGCCUCAACAACAUCAUGAUGCUGACAAGAAAAAGAAUAGUCUCUCCAGAUCAGAACACCUCAAACACCAGCAUAGAGGUACAGGGAAGAAAUCUCACCACUGCUCUGUCUGUGGGAAGAGUUUUGCUAAACAAGACUUGACUAUUCAUGAGCAAAUUCACACCGGAGAGAAACCGUUCCACUGCUCUCAGUGCGGGAAGAGUUUCACUGCAUCUAAAACUUUAAAAUCUCAUCAGAGAAUUCAUACAGGGGAGAGGCCUUACCCCUACUUUGAUUGUGAGAAAUGCUUCAAACAAUCAGGAUCCCAGACUACACAAAAACACACAGGACAGCCUUAUAGCUGUGAUCAGUGUGGGAAGAGUUUUACUCGAGAUUACACCCUGACUGUACACCAGCGCAUACACACGGGAGAGAAACCUUAUAGCUGUGAUCUGUGUGGGAAGAGCUUCAAUCAAUCAGGAGCCCUAACUGCACACCAGCACAUACACACAGGGGAGAAGCCUUAUAGCUGUGAUCAUUGUGGGAAGAGCUUCAAUCAGUCAGGAAACCUGACUAGACACCAGCGCAUACACACAGGAGAGAGGCCUUAUAGCUGUGAUCAGUGUGGGAAGAGUUUCAGUCAAUCAGGACAACUGAUUAUACACCAACGCAUACACACAGGAGAGAAGCCUUAUAGCUGUGAUCAGUGUGGGAAGAGCUUCAAUCAUUCAGGACACCUGACUAUUCACCAGCGCAUACACACAGGAGAGAAACCUUACUCCUGUCUAUGUGGAAAUAGCUUUGCUCAUUCAUGGUCACUGAAAAACCACCAGAAAACACAAACAUGUUUUAUUUUAUCUCCCUCCUACAGCACCGGUUCCAGAUCUCUAAAUGAAGUUUCAAUAGAAAUCAUCUUGUAAAGAGUCAUCUAUUUCCCAUUCUCUAACUAAGUCUUAUUACCAUGGUAACCUGUGUCGCAUAAUAUGCAGCUGCAUAUUAUGCUGUAUCUUAUUUCAUUAACUCCUAUUAUCCUUUAAAUAACAAUAGAAUAAUGUUUCAACAAUACUAAGUGUGUAUUCAUGUAUUCAGGAGAUCAAUAAAUUAAAUCCAUUAUCUGCUCAACCCCA